CAGCUAUCGGCUAGCAGCUAGCUAUGAUGGCGGAGCUGGUGCAGGGACAGGCCUCGAUGAGCCAGCCGGGGCUGAAGGCAGACGGCCUGGCCGACGUGUUGCAGCGGGCUCGGCAGAUGGUGGGUAAGAUGGGCGGAGAAGCCAUGUCUCACCUCAACAGCUCCUCAGGAAGUGUGGAACCUUCGCUGUACUACGCCGGUCAGAAAAGACCCGGAGAGGACGGAGUAGGGAACCAACUAGCAGCCAUGGGGCAUCAAAGGGUAAUCACAGAGGAUUACAAGGUCCCAGACAGGAUGGUGGGUUUCAUAAUCGGCCGAGGAGGUGAACAGAUCACCAGGAUCCAGCUGGAGUCCGGCUGUAAGAUCCAGAUCGCUGCUGACAGCGGAGGUCUGAUGGAGCGGCCGUGUUCUCUGACCGGAACCCCGGAGAGCAUCGAACAGGCGAAGCGGCUGCUGGUCCAGAUCGUCGACCGCUGCAGGAACGGUCCUGGUUUCCAUGGCGACGGAGAGGGCGGGGCCUCUGUGCAGGAGAUGCUGAUCCCGGCCAGUAAGGUGGGGCUGGUGAUUGGUCGAGGAGGCGACACCAUCAAGCAGCUGCAGGAGCGAGCGGGAGUGAAGAUGAUGAUGAUCCAGGACGGUCCGAUGCCAACAGGAGCUGACAAGCCGCUCCGCAUCUCUGGAGACCCGUACAAAGUGCAGGCAGCGAGGGAGUUGGUGUUGGAGGUGAUCCGAGAGAAGGACGGAGACUUCAGAUCGGGACGCAACGACUUCACCGCCCGACUGGGAGGAACCAGCCUGGACGUUCCGGUUCCCAGGUUUGCUGUCGGCAUCGUGAUCGGCCGGAACGGAGAAAUGAUUAAGAAGAUCCAGAAUGAUGCAGGAGUCCGAAUCCAGUUUAAAGCAGAUGAUGGCAUCAGUCCAGAGCGUGUUGCCAUGGUGAUGGGUCAACCGGACCGCUGUCAGCAUGCUGUUCACCUCAUUAAUGAACUGAUUCAGACCGCACAGGAGCGUGACGGCUUCGGCUCGGCUCUGAGGAGCGGCAGGGUCAGAGGUCGUGGUGAUUGGACCAUGGGCUCUCCCGGUCCGCUACAGGAAGUGACCUACACCAUCCCUGCUGAUAAGUGCGGCCUGGUCAUCGGCAAAGGUGGAGAGACCAUUAAGAGUAUUAACCAGCAGUCUGGAGCUCACGUGGAGCUGCAGAGGAACCCUCCCCCCUCCACCGACCCCAACACCCGGGUCUUCACCAUCAGAGGCACGGCCCAGCAGAUGGACCUGGCCCGCCAGCUCAUAGACGACAAGAUCGGGGGUUCAGGGAUUAUGAGCAACGGAGGCUUUGGAUUCAGUCCCUUCACCCAGGGGCCUGCUACACACCAGAACUGUGGCAGCGGUCAAACCUUCCUGACUGGAGUUUGGGGAAACACCUACCAGACCAGCUGGCAGAACCCGGGACAACAAGACCCAGGUCAGCAGAGCCAACCUCAGAGCCUGAUGACAGACUACAGUAAGGCCUGGGAGGACUACUACAAGAAACAGAGUCAGUCGUCUCAGCAGAGUUCGGUGCCAGACUACACUGCAGCGUUAGCAGAAUAUUACAGACAGCAGCCCUACCUGUGGAACGCCGCCCAGAUACAGGAUCACUAGAGGCUCCUCCCCUCACCCGUGAAGACCUCGGAUGGUCGUCGACGGCAACCGAAUCGGGGUUUCCUAGCAACGCUCUGCCGCUUCCUCCUUCCUUUUGUAGAGAAAAACUAAGGAUUAACUGAAAAAAAUCACGAACUCUUUUCUUUUCUGUUUUUUAACCUUACAAAGUUGAUAUUUUGUCAGGCAAAAAUUUUUUUGGACUAGCCUCUGGUCUCUCCAUGGUGUAGACCUGGUUUUUCUUUUUGUUUUAUUUUUUAUCAAACUUGAACUUAAAGAUGUAUCAGUGUGGCUUUGAACAAAAAAAAAAAAUCAGUAUAAUCUAUAUUUUUGUCUAGUUUUAUUUUCCAAUAAGAAAACGGUAUAAGGCUUAGCAGUCUUGAGUAAGAAAAUCAGAUAUUAUUAUUAUUAUUAUUAUUAUUUUUGUUUAUGAUAAUGUUUUAAAGCAUGCGUCAGACUGUGUGUUGACUGUUCUUUUUUUUUUGUUUUUUUUUUGGCAUAGAAAUAUUUUAAUAGCGUCGGAUGGAAAUGUAAUGUUUUACCUUCAGAGACAAAACUGUUUUUUGUACUAAAUCUGUGCUCGCUGGGUCUGUUCUCAACCUAAUUUUACCUGUUUAGUCGCCAUCUUGGAGGUGCAAUGACGCGUUUAUCGUUUUUCUUUUGUUUUUUGGUUUGAUGAUAGUUCUUAUUCCUGUAUCUCUCUAGUGAUUCUUUAGUUUUUAUGAUGUAAUGAUGAAUAAAUGACGAUUUAUAUUGCGUUGUCUAAAGCCAGAUCUCUCUGUGGUCAAACACUUUGUGUCCUCCACAGGAUUGAACCUCCAGCCGACAUGUUUCCCUGCCUCGACUUUCAUUACGAUAAAAAAAGGGGCAAAAAUGACUAUUUUCUUACAGAGUGAAACUUUAUUAUUGAUGUUGUAACUUAGUUUCUGCAUUUCUACUUGGCCGACUUGUUUAUAAAGGAAGCGUUACGAACUGAACAAUGAAGUUUUUCGAUUCUAUUCGCGAUGUAUCGGCUAAAUUGGCGCGUUAGCUAGACGUGCGAGUUAGCUAAAUGUUUGUGUGUGUUACCUCAACUGUGUGUGUGUGUGUUUAUUAGCUAAACGGUGCCUGUUAACUCAACGAUGUGUUAGUGAGAAGAUGUUUGUGUUAGCUUAGCAAUUCGAUUGAGCCAAACGGUGGGUAUUUUAACUAAAGGUGCGCGUUAGAAAACUUUCUUUAGCUGAAUAAAUGUGGUUUGUGUUAGCCGCGUGUGUGUAGCUUAACUUUGCGCCACACUGCAUUCACGUCACGUGACACACACACUAAUUACGAACCUUUUAGUUGGAAAUUUAAGUUGGAGGAAUCAUCUACGAUCUCUCCCGUAAAGAAAAAACAGACAAAAUGGCCCAAAAAAAACAAUUCAGCGAACUAAAAAAUUAGCUUUCUUGUUACAAAUUCGUAAAAAUAACUUUUAAAAAUAGUUUAUUGAUGGUUUAUAUCUGUUUAUAUGGUGCGACUUCGGCUACGAGGGCUGUGGCACCAUUUCGGAAUAAUGUGUGAAAUUUUCCUUUUUAAUUUUUCCCGUUUCUGCCGUCGUGGCGUGAAUGCAGUGUUAGCGCAGUGGUGUAGUUUCGUUAGCUUAAUGUGUGUUUGUUAGCUGUUAGGGAUUGUGUGUGUGUGUGUGUGUGUGUGUGUGUGUGUCCGUUAAGGCUGAAACUUGCUUCGUGAAUGUGCUCGGUCAUCACUCAGAUGUUCAGGUGGCUGUUGUUUUUUUUUUUACGUGUACAACAAUGAAGAGUAUUUUUUUCCUUUUUACUAUUACGAAAUUGGAUUGACUUAAUAUUAGCGUUAGCGUGCCGCACGUUGGUUAAGAUUUUUUAUAUGCGGGUUUGUCCCCCAAAAAAAAACAACCACAUGGACGUCGUGUCUUUGUUGAAGUAUAAUUCCAGCCUUAUCGUAACGUUCGUAGUGUCGUUGUGUGUGUGCGUGUUCCGUUAGCUGAGCGCCGUGCGUCGCGUGUCGGGCCACAGAGAGGUUUGUCUUGCGUCUGUCGGGGAGAUCUGGCUGCGUUUGGAUCAGUGGUUCUGCUUCUUGUGUGUGAUGAUGAUAAUAAUAAUGACGACGAUGAUAAUAAUGAGUUCUCCUUGUACAGAGGGGGGGUCUAUUUAAAUCUGUUUAUCCAGUUUUUGAAUAUUCAGUUUUUUGUCGAUAAAGAUAAUAUGGUUUGUGUAAAUUUCCACUCUCUGGCGGGUGCUCUCCAGUUUAAAACAAAAUGUACUUUGUUAUCCUGUUUAAAAAAAAUUAUAUUGUUUAAUUCAGAUGUUUGUGUCUAACCGAUUUGCAAAGAGAAGCUGAAUAUGUGUUUAUAUUCUCAAGACUGCUAGGCUAACUGUCUCUCUCCUGUCUGUCUCGCUGUGUCUCCGCCCGCUUCCUCGCCGCCUCGCUAACAACGUCCGUCGGGGAUUCGUCUUUUUUUUUUUCCCGUCACAUUUUGUCGUGUGAUCGGACGAUAUCCCGCGGGGUUUGUUAGCGGCGGCGGCGGCGGCGUCUCCGAGGCGAGGCGAGCCACAGCGAGGGGGUUUCACUCCCCGAAUAAUGAUUAGAAACACCGGAGCGGACGGCGGCUCGCUGUGUCCCGCCGCGGCUCCCGCACCUCGAGCCCCGGCCGGACCGGCGCCGCCCGAUCCGCUCCGGGUUUAGAUCUUCCUAGUCCGAACCCCCUCGUCCUGAAGGGGGCGACGGAGAGCUUUUUGGUUUCAUGGUUUUCUGUUGUUUUUUCUAACGGACACACGUCCUAACUGUAACCUGCAGAUUUUUCUAUUAGAUUCUAUUGACCGAUAGAGUUGUGUAUGAACCCGAGCCACGAGACUGUCGGUGGCCGAGGAAGAGGAAGAUGGAUGAUGAUGAUGAUAAUGAUGAUUAACAUGAGGGCUAAUAAACAGGCUCAUUCUUUCUGA